AUGAUUCCAGAGACCUUCCCAGAGGACGCAGGAAAAUACAUGUGCAAGGCAACCAGCAUGGCCGGAUCUGCAUCUAGCUCCGCCGAGCUCAUUGUCCGAGCCUCAGUGAUCCCACCCAGCUUCACAGAGAGGCUGUAUGACAUCUCUAUCCGAGAGGGUGAACCUGUCAAGUUGAUUGUAAGAGUGGCAGGUCAGCCUGCCCCUGAGGUCACAUGGUACAGAGAAGGCCAACAACUGGUCAGCUCUCCAGACUUUGAGAUUGUACAGGAUGGUAAACCCAUGGAAGACAACCCGCAGAUGAAGUUCAUCCACGAAGACGACAACUAUACACUACUCAUAUACGAGGUGCGAGCCGAGGAUGCUGGAAAAUACGCCUGCGUUGCCAUUAACAACGUCGGCAAGGCUACGUGUACCGCCAGUCUUAAUGUUCAAAUUCCAGUACAAUCCCCAGAGACUGUACAACCAUUGGAGGAGGCCCUCCGUGCUCCUGAGUGCACCCAGCCACCCCAGAACCUCGUCAUUGAUGAGGGAGAACCCGUGACCUUCACCUGCAAAAUAACUGGAUCACCGGCUCCAACAGUGACCUGGUACCGUAAUAACCAGAUUGUCAAGCCAUCCAAGUACUUCCACAUGGAGUCGACACCUGACGGAGUACACAUCCUAUCUAUUCUGGAGGCUUUCCCAGAGGACACAGGCAUCUAUAAAUGUGUGGCAAGAAACAAGGCAGGGGAGACCACUGUCACUUGUCAGCUCAAGGUCUAUGGCUUGGAGAGUGAGCAUGAACAUGUGACGCCCACACAACUGGAGCAGCCGCCCCAGAUUGUACGCCCAAUAACCAACACUAGUAAUGGAAAGUAGUUCCGUCAAACCGAUAGCAUUUUUAUCGCUGAAAUGAUUAUUAUGAUAUCUCUGGCUGAAUGUCCCAAUAUGGAUUGUAACGUUCACAUACAUGUUUAUUGUUUUCAUUUGCGUCAUGAAUUUGCAAAUGUCCUGUGUGCAAACAAUACAGGGGGAACAACUCAUAAAUAAUUCCACUUCAACGAAUAGUGUAUCGUAGGACUGGUUUUCUGACAUAUUUUGUGCAUGGUAUUGCUCUGGGUGUUUCUUUCGGUGUUGCUCCAGAUACCUCUCUAGAUAUUGUAAACAAUAAUACUCAGCAUGAUGUUCCCAAUAACUAUUAAAUGCUUGAACAUCGGUUGGAGCAAUUUUUCAAUGUUUUUUCUUCAUAUCCACUUAGCUGACCA